AUGACGUCGAAAAUCGCAACGAAAUCAAGACCCCUGCCCGCGGGCAUCUACUGCCCCGUCCUCUCGCUAUACAAGCCGUCCGAGCGCCAAGAAAUCGACUAUGAGGCGUCCUACAAAUACUUCGCAUACCUGAUCCGCGGGGGCGUCGACGGGCUCGUCAUGGCCGGAACGACCGCUGAAGCUGUGCUCCUCUCUGCCACCGAGCGCCAGGAACUCGUCCGUGUUGCGCGCCGCGCUGCAACGGACCUCGGAUUCCCCGAGUUCCCUGUCGUGGCUGGGAUCAGUGGACAGUCGACGAAUGAGUCGAUUCAGCUGGCGAAAGAUGCGCAUGAGGCUGGGGGGGACUUUGGAUUGCUGCUGCCGCCGUCGUAUUGGGUCAAGGCUGUCACGAAGGAUGUCAUUGUGGACUUUUAUCGCGAGGUUGCUGAUAAUAGUCCGAUUCCGAUUGUUAUUUACAGUUUUCCUGCCAUGUGCAACGGCGUCGAUCUAAACUCGGACGUGAUGUCGGAACUGGCGCAGCAUCCCAAUAUCGUCGGCACGAAACUCACCUGUGGAAACGCAGGCAAGGUCACCCGGUUGACAAAUGAGUAUAGCCAUGAGCAGUUCAGCGUGUAUGCAGGGUCGUCGGACUGGCUCCUUCCAUGUCUUAUCGGUGGUGGCUCUGGCUGCGUGACGGGCAUCGGCAAUGUAUUCCCUAAGUCUGUGGCGAAGUUAUAUUCCCUAUGGAAAGAGGGCAAAGUGCAGGAGGCGACGAAGCUGCAGGGACUCGUGGCUCAGGCUGAGAAGGCGUGUAAGGAGGGCAUUGCGCCGACCAAGUUUGCUGCUGGGUACUUUGCGGGGCCCGGGGCUGGAGUUACAGAUGAGAAGGCCUUCUGGCCUAGAAAGCCGUAUAAGCCUUCAGGGAAGGACAAGCAGGAGUGGGUGGUGAAGGUGAUGCAGCAUCUGGUGGAGAUUGAGCAGUCAGUGCCAGACCGUGUUGGAAAGUAG